AACGCCCUUCAAACUUCAUUGGCAGGAAAGAGAUUUUCUUUAUCCAUUCUUAAAGAAGCUUUCAAAUAUCAAUUGCAAAGGAAAAUGGCAUCUAAUGAUCAGUCUUAUAGUUACAGAGCCGGUGAGGCUACAGGCCGAGCCGAGGAGAAGGGGAACAGAAUGGGCGAUACGGUGAAAGAGAAGGCUGGAGAAGCGAAAGACUGGACAGGAGAAAAAGCCCAUGAGACAAGAGAAAAGACAUCUGAGACUGCAGAGGCAACCAAGGAGAAGGCUCAUGAAGGGAAGGAGAAGACAAAGGGAGUUCUGGAAGAAACUGGGGAGAAAAUGAAGCAUGCAGCUCAAAAAACUGCUGAUACUGUCAAAAGCGCUUUUGGUAUGGCUCACCAUGAAGAAGAAGAAGAUCAUGUUAAGGAUCGUUCUGGCCAUCAGCAGACCACAACUUAUAGGGACACAGACACUAGGUAUUAGCUACUAGUACUGCUACCUAUGGCUAAUAAAUUUUAUGUGUGUAUUGGGGUCUUGGGCUUUCUCUAAGAUGAGAGUUUAUGUAGCAUCUUAUAAACAGGGAAAGCCAUAAAUAAAAUAGUGGGUCUAAGUGUGCUUAAAAAGCAGCUUGCUAUGAAGUGUUUCUAUUGUAACUUUGUAUUACCUGGUUAGGAAAUGUGCUUAUUAAUGAAAAAUGAAACAGGUGUCCUUUUUUACUUCUUA